CUGAGGAAAAAACAAAAGAUCACUAUUGCCGGUACGUGGAAGUCUCUCUUGCAUUUCCAUGACUCUUCGCCGGUAGAUAAUGGAGUCUAAAAGCCACGAACAUUGCGACAAUUGUGUAAAGCUCUACUGUAGUUCUCAAAAUGGCUGCAAGAUGUUAUUUUGUGAAUUCGGAUGCACCGCACAACUUCACAGCUGUAAAAUGAAAGACCACCAGAAUGUGUGCCAGAAAUGUCGAAUUCCAUGUAUAAAUUCAGAGUACGGAUGUCCGGUUGUGAUGACAAGGGAUAGCCUGAGAAACCACUUACAGCGGUGCCCAGCAAGUGUGAUUUUUUGUACAAUGGAGUGGAAUAGAUAUCCAGUGUAUUCCAAAUCUCGGUUAAGUUUGGUGCCUUUCUUUCAACCGAACCCGAUUCUAGUAAAAGGGCAUCUAGAUGUGGAGCUGGCCUUCAGGGAUCAAAGAAUACUUCAGGAAGUAUUCCGAAGGCGUUGUAGAAAAGGGAAAGCAAAAGUAGACAUGUUAAGAUCGUCCUUACAGAAAGGCACACCGAAACAGCAUGGUAGCGGAACCCAACCAUCGACUGUGAAAUCGGAUUCUGUCAAAAUGGCGAUGGCUUUAGCAAUGUCUUCGUUAGAAAAUAAGUUUCGUAAACAACGAGGUGAAGGGCAGAAUUCUAGCGGAGAUCUCGAGGAUGAAAAUUCACUUGACAACGAAACCCAUAACGAAAACCGAAAUAUUCUCAGCGAUUUGCUUUCUGGAAGUGAAAAACUGGAAAAUGAAUGUGUUGAUUAUGUUAAUGCUGAUGUUAACCCAGUUGAUAUAGAGCUACAUCCGUUGCAAGGAGAGGAAGAUGAAAGUAGUAAAGGUGACAAGGCCUCUGUUAGUUUCCUUGACAACAGCGUACCGCCUCCUCCUGUCCAUUUGCCAAUCUACCUCGACCAACCCCUGGGUUUGAAUGUUGUGGUCGAAACCCUCCCCAAGUUCCAGAAACAGUCUCCAAUGUAUUCCAUACCCUGCAACCAGGUAUUCCGCCGUGAAGAGUACAGUGGCCAUUUUAAGAAUGUUCAUAGUGAUAUUCAGGGAGGGCUGAAUGGUUGGUUGGAGCAUCGGUGUCCUCUUUCGCAGUAUGGCUGCACAUUUGUGCGCUAUAGGCUUCUGCCUCACAGCCAAGAUGGAGCUGUAACCUUCAAUCAAGAGCUUGGAAGCUUUGGCAUCAGACCAUAUGAGCAAUCACCUCUAGUAAACACUUCUUGUUGUACAGCAGAAUAUUCUCAAAGUCAGAUACAAGACACCACUGGUCCCACAGGGGAAAUUGCUCCAAAUCAAAUGCAGAUGCAUACAACAUCUAGUUUGGAUCUGCUGACAUCUUUGCCCCUAGAUAUCUUGGCGAAGAUAGCUGGCCAACUGGAUGGUUUCAGUCUGUGUAACUUCUCUUGCACAUGUAAGUUGCUGAGGGAGGUUUGUAUGAAUGUUUUGGAAACAAAAGGUAUGGUACUAUUUGAAUGGGAAAAAAGAAUCUAUGAUGAUGGAAACUGGUCUUGGAAGAUAAGACAAAAGGUGGGUGUUAAGUAUUGCAUGUACCUCAUCUAUGACUUAUAAGGUUCAUUUAGUAAUUUAGUUUGUAUGUAUAGUCAAAUGGUUACUUGACGUCAGUUUCAUGUCUUUUACAUGGUGUAAACUAGAAAGCCCAAGCUGUAGUAAAGUUUUAUUUCAAUUUUAGUAUCACAUCUCUCACUUAGUACAUUCACUAUGAUUGGUCAAUCUAGUGGGCCAAAUUAGAUAAACAUAAGGCUCAUUAAACUUCAAAUAUUUUUGAACUGAAAUCUUCUCCCUCUAUCUAUUUGAUAUAUAUUUUAAUAAACUUGUUUUCUUGCUCCUUAAUGUAAGUUACGGAACCUCAUUUUUGUGUUUGGAUUUAUGGCAUGCGCUAUGCACCUGGGCCUGAAAUCCAUGCAGGAAAACUCUUGGUCUGUUGCUUACAGUACAGACCUCAAACUCAGUUAACAAGAGGUAUAUAAUUUGUCUUAUGUGAAAAUUAAGGUUACUAAUCCUGUUUGAGGAAGUGGUGGGGAAAGGUUAUUUAUUUUGUGCAAUAAUGGUCUUGUUUUCUUAAGAACUUGUAGCCAACAAAAUAUCUAUAGAGAUUAAGUCUAGCAAAGUAAGCAUAGCUGUAUGUAUUUUCAACUUCUUUGUAGAUGAAAUCAUUUUGUUUUUGAUGGGUGCAUAAUACUGUGCAUUAGGUUAGGAAAUGCUUCUGCCACAUCAGUAUUCCAAGAGGGACAACAAUUGUGUUUUCUUUAGAAGUGAUUUGCUGGUAUAUUUUGCAACAUGCUCAACUAAAUCAAUUUUAACUAGGACUAUCUAAAUAUAUGUGACUUAUAGUAUUUUUCUUGGUGAAAAGCAGCUGUAGUAACUGUAUAGAGAGUUAAAGGAACUAAUUUUAAUAACAACAGUCUACUUUCUAUUUCAGCGAUGGUAUUUUUCCACCUCAUUUUCACCAGUUGAAAAGUGGGUGCAUUCUAACUCACCAUUCAUGGCAGCACAUCUAGAGAAGUGCCAAUACUUUGACCACAGAAAAGCAUCAAAUCAGUUUAGUUAUUGUUUUGUUCAGCCUGGUCAUGAAGGAAACAGUAACAAUCAUGAUAACCAUAAAGACAACAGUGAGAUAGGCCUCGAAUAUCACCCUGGCCAUGAGGAUAGUAAUAUUGAUCAGAUCGUCCUUGAAUGCAAGAUGAGUGAUGAGAAUGAAACUGACACAGAGACAGAAACAGAAACAUCAUCAUCAUCCAAUUCAGAGCCAGAGGUACUUGAUGCAGAUAAUUGAACCCAAAUACUACUGCAUAAACUUGGGAAAUCUUAUCAAUAAUUAGUGAAAUUUAUAUUAAAAAAGUAUGAUAAUCAAUAUUGGGUAGUGUAUGACCCUAUGUGUACUAAAAUUUAAAAAAAAAAUUUAUAUUGCACUGAAUGCAAAUAAUCAUUGAUUUUAUAGUUUUUUAUCAGAAACUUUGAAAUUACUUCAAAUUUUGGUGUGGCUGUCAUUUUAGCAGUAUUGGUUUAACUCUCUUGCUUGAAGUUAGUACGUUGAAUAAUAUUUGUUUUUUUGGGAGGAGUUUUUAGGUAAUUGGGUCAUGGAGUUGACAAGAGAAGAUGGAUGGUUUUUAACUGACAAGCACUGUGUUUGUGGGAAGUAGUGAGGGUAAUUUUUUUUGUUAACAAAGAUAUACUGUUGUAUAGUGUAUUCAUGAACACAUUUAUUUUUUCUGUCUUCCAUGACCUGUUAGAAAGUAAGAAAAGAGUUUGAACCUGAGUUGACAUCGUCAUCUGAGGUUACUGUAGUUUUCUUGUUUGUUUAACCCUUUUGCUCCCGUGAGUGAUCAAGAUAGAAUUUCUCCCAACAAUAUCAAUUCAAUAUCAAGCAGACAGGUGAUGAGAGUAAAGAAAAAUAUCAACUAUAAGACAUUCAUCUUAAACCAAAUUCUCUAAACCAACAUCAUGUAAUAACUGCAUGGAGGAUAGUGAGGAGAAGCACUAAUGCGAUCUUAAGAGUGAAAUGGUUCACCUUUUGGUGGAUGGAUUACAAGGAGUUUUAUCUUAUUUUAAUCACCAAAUUCUCCCAACUUAUUUUAGGUGGGUUAUAGUGGAAAGAAAGGAGAAUCACUGACCGGAUCUUGAUAUGUGAGGGGUCAGAGUAAUGCAAGAUUAAUUGAGUUAUUAGUAUUAUACUAUUCUUAUUUUAUAUAGGGAAACCAUUUUAGAGAAAUUAUAUUAGAAUUAUCAAGGUAAAUUAUUUUUACCAUCUCAAGAUAUGUUUGAUAUUUAAGACACUGCACAAAGAGAAAUUAAGAUAUAUAUGCUAGUAUUUUCAUUUCAAAGACAGUUUUGUACAUUUGAAGGUUUGGGGGUUCAAUAUAUCUAAGCAGUGAAAUAUGAGUGGAAUAAACAGCUAGAAAGCCUGAGAUCUUUGCAGAAACAGAAAUAGGUCAAUGUUUUUUUCCAAUUUUCUGGUUAUAUGCAAACAAAAUAAAAAAAGCUGGGAAAGAUUUCUUGGUCAGUUUUUUAAUUUCAGCAUCUGGCUGUUCUGCCCCCAUACCCUCACUUAAAGUAUCAUUAUUUAUUAUAAUUUGGUCCACAGACUUGGUAUAUCAAAAUUAAGCUUUUAAGUUAUUGAAGCCUACAGAAAACAGUUGAAAAGAAAAGGACAAGCUAAAGAUACUUUUUUUUACUCCAGUUUUGCAGCUCCUCUCAACCAUUGGUUAGAUUUUUCUCCAGCUUCUCAAGGGAACAAGAGGCGACUGAAAUAGAAAAAUUCAGGUGCUGUGGAUAAGGUUGGGCUCUGGGUACUUAUUUCAAUUUAAGGUACAUGUUACUAAUGCAAAGUUAACUGAAACAAGAGUAUUGAAUAAGAAAUCUGCUUCACUGAAUGUUUGUGUAUUAUAUAAAAGUUGCGUUUUUGUCAUCAUCCAUAAGAAACCUGAUUUGGGUCUCAUUCCCAGGUUUAGGCAUGUGUCAGUAUGUUGCUAAUUUUCUUCAGGGGUACUCCUGAAGAAAAUAACAAUGCAUUUAUUGGCGCACACAUGCAGUAUGAUCUGAGGAUUGGUUUUGUAUAUGGUUUGUAAACUAAGUCAACCUGGAGUUAGAGUUUGCAUGUGUCUUGUAAGAGCCUGCUUUAUUAUCAAGCUGGAAAAUAAAUGGAACUAAAAAUAAAGCAACUUUUAUUUUCAAUAUUACUGAGUCUAGAUCAGUAAUUGGGAAAUCAGUUGAUACCUGGUAGGGGUGAAAAGGAAUCUUGCUCACACCCACUGAACAAUAUUCUGCUAAACAGAAACUAAAGGUAGUAAAUUUUGAGCUUGUCAAUGAAAUAAAGGAUGGUUUUCAGCCUUUCUUUUAACAUUUUCAUCGGUACUUUGUCC